AUGGCUUCUUGCCUUAUCCUUAGUUUGUUAGAGAAAAAAAGAGGAUAAUUCUUUAAUUUGACUUCCCUUACUGCAUGUCUUCGUGUAUCUAUCUAUGUCUGAAAAUCCAAAAGUUUGACCAAAACAAUAGCAAAGCUCCGGUUUUUAAUAUUUUUAUCCUUUUCUUUUUCAAGUUUUGCGCUUUGGGUUUGCUUUGUUUGUUCAUAAAAAGAAACCAAAACCAACACUUUCACUCUCCUUUUCUUAAUAUGUUUGAGUUGCCUGCUUCAGCAAUCCAGCAAUUGAGGCUCUUCAAUAAUAGUUACCUGCUUACCAGGGUUUGAUAGAAAUUAGGGUUUGGUGUAAAAUGUUGGUUUUAAGCAUGAAUAACAAAAGACAAAGGCGGCCUAAUGUUAGGUUGGGGGAGAUAGGAGAUGCAUCUGCUGCUUUUGCAUGUGGGUUUUCUCAAAACACUAGGGAAAUUUUGGUUAAAAAAAGAUGGAAACCUGAUUUUCCCAACUCUCAUGAACAUGAACUUGCUUCUACGGUUGAUUAUUCUAAAGGGAUGUCUUCAGGUUUCUUGAAUUCCAACCCCGGAAUCUCGACUUCGAUAUCAGCCGAUUUGCAGCAGAACAUAGGGAAUAAGAACCCCAAUUCGUCGAAAUUGGGUUUUGAUUUGAUUACUGCCGGUGAAAUCGACAUGAUGAAAGCUACUAUAAGUUUUGGCACGGUAACGAGGAAGAGUAGGGUCAUGAAGCGGCGAGGGCGGAGCCAGGAAGCCAAUAAUUCCGUGUUUCUUUGCAGUGCUUGGACUCAGAGUUCUGAAGUUAGCCCUGAAUUUAGCAGUGAUGAACGGAAGGAGUAUGGUGAGGAGAAACAGUUUAUGGGAAUCAAAUCAAAUGAUUGUGUGGAUCAUUACCUGGUUAAUGACUUUCAGGACAUAUCGGAUCAUGAUGCACCGGCUACCAGCAAAGAUGCUUGUGAAUACAAUGGCGAUGAAACCAGGUAUGAAAGUUUGCAACAAGGAAAUGCUGAUGAUUGUUGGAAGGAUGAUUGUUAUCAAGGAGAUAAUGUGCUUCUUAGAUCCAGUGACGAUUGGGACCGAACAGGAUACACAUCUAAUGACGGAACUAGUGUCAAAAGAUGGUUGGAGGAGCUGAGGUUUGGUAGGUAUGCCAGUAUUUUCGAGAUGCACGAGGUUGAUGAGGAAGCCCUGCCUCUGCUUACUCUAGACGAUCUCAAGGAGAUGGGUGUAUUUGCUGCUGGACAUCGACGGAAAUUGUACACCGCAAUACAACAACUAAGAGAAGGCGAUGUUUCUUCCUAAAAACUUUGAAUAAAUUGUAGGUAGUCCUUUUCUUUUUAGUACUUCGCUUCCUCUUUCGUGCAGGGAAAAAGUGUCAGACAUGUUUGUAAACUCUCGGAGUUUCUGACAUGGUUUUUUCCUGGCAUUGUCAAUGAAAUAAGCUUUGCUGGGUCAUACUUUUGUACAUCUUAUGGUAACUAUGUAUGUACAUUAUGUGAACUUAACGGUUGCUUUUGUUUCUGUUAAGUAACAACAGUAUUGGGUCUAAAUUAGAAUGCAAGUUACGCGAAAAUCUUAACGGCAGUGCUUUAUUCUUUCGUAAGUGAGAGCUUUAUUGAUA